AUUGCGCAUGACAGUACGUCGUAAUGUCGUAAUAUGAAGUAGGCCUCCUGUUUUUCUCCCCAACCCGGAGUCCUCCCGGCCCCCACCGCAUCGAUGCAACGCUCAAGUAAGCAAAACACGGAGGCUGCUGUCGGUUAUUCGGGAAGGUGAGGUGUGGCUCACGUGAGAAAGUUUGUCAGUGCCUGGAAGGAUAGCAUCUAAAACAGCAAGUUUUGUCUGCAAAGAGAAAUUCCAGAAAGUUUGGUUCACCACCAUGUCUUUCCUGUGGUCUGGUGCCCUCUUGUGACCCCAAUGACGUCAAUGUCAGUUUUCACCGUAGAGUCAGCUUUGACCCCAAACCUUUUCUACGACCACUGAAAGACGUUAGCUGACCGUGUGCAUAAGCUGCAUUGGGGUGGUCUUCCAAAUGCCUACCUCACGCCUAAAGAGCAAAUCACUGCAGCCACAGCCCUGAUCAGCAGCCACCAUGACAUCAAGCAUAGGGGAUGAUUGUAGCAUCUUUGAUGGGUUGAUGGAAGAAGAUGAAAAGGACAAAGCAAAACGUGUGUCCCGUAACAAGUCUGAGAAGAAACGGAGAGACCAGUUCAAUGUCCUCAUCAAGGAACUUGGCACCAUGUUGCCGGGCAACACCAGGAAGAUGGACAAGUCCACCAUCCUGCAGAAAAGCAUCGACUUCCUGUGUAAACACAAAGAGAUCGCAGCCCAGUCGGAGUCAAGUGAGAUCAGGCAGGACUGGAAGCCUCCUUUUCUUAGCAAUGAGGAGUUCACCCAGCUCAUGCUGGAGGCUCUGGAUGGGUUCUUUAUAGCAAUAUUGACAGAUGGGAACAUCCUCUACGUCUCUGAGAGUGUCACCUCACUACUAGAACAUCUCCCGACGGACUUGGUGGACCAGAACCUGUUAAACUUCCUGCCAACUGGGGAACACUCCGAAGUGUACAAGUCUUUGUCCACACACCCCACCGACCCAGAGAGCCUUAGCAACGAUUACCUGAAGACUAAGAACCACAUGGAGUUCUGCUGCCAUAUGCUGCGAGGGGCCAUUGACCCCAAAGAGCCCCCUGUCUACGAAUAUGUUAAGUUCAUUGGCAACUUCAAGUCACUCAACAACGUUCCCAACAUGACGAGGAAUGGCCUAGCAGGGGUGUUACAGCGGUCACUACAACCUGCGUUCGAUGACCAGGUGUGCUUUGUAGCCACAGUUCGGCUGGCCAAACCCCAGUUUAUCAAGGAAAUGUGUACAGUGGAGGAGCCCAAUGAAGAAUUCACCUCCAGGCACAGCUUAGAAUGGAAGUUCCUCUUCUUAGACCACAGAGCUCCACCAAUCAUAGGCUACCUGCCAUUCGAGGUUCUAGGAACAUCCGGGUACGACUAUUACCACGUGGACGACCUGGAGACACUCGCCAAGUGUCACGAACACUUGAUGCAGUACGGUAAAGGGAAGUCUUGCUACUAUCGUUUCUUAACUAAAGGGCAACAGUGGAUCUGGCUUCAGACGCACUAUUACAUCACCUAUCACCAGUGGAACUCUCGGCCUGAGUUUAUUGUCUGCACGCACACAGUAGUCAGCUAUUCAGAAGUGAGGGCAGAACAGCGCAGAGAGCUGGGCAUUGAGGAGUCUAACCCGGAUGUUACUGCAGAUAAGAGUCAGGACUCUGGCUCAGAGUCACAGCUAAAUACGUCCAGCCUCAAGGAGGCUCUGGAGCGAUUUGACCGUAGCCGAUCACCCUCGACCUCCUCACGGAGUUCCCGAAAAUCCUCAUCCCAUGUCUCUGACAACACUUGCACUUCAACAGCCUCUAAGCUACACAUGGACACGGCCACGCCUCCUCGGCAGUCACUGGCCUCCACCAUGGAGAUGACAUCACAACGUCGCUCAUCCAUCAGCAGCCAGUCUAUGAGCUCUCAAACAACAAGUCAGAGUGUAACUCCGGGUAUGAUCACUCAACAACAACAACAACAACAACAGCAGCAGCAACAACAGCUUCAGACAAAUGUACAGCCGGUGAUGGAGUUCUCAGCGCAGGUGAAUGCCAUGCAGCAUCUAAAGGAUCAGCUGGAACAGAGGACAAGGUUGAUCCAGGCCAACAUCCAGAGGCAGCAGGAGGAGCUGAGACACAUCCAAGAGCAGCUGCAGAGAGUCCAGGGACAGGGCCUACAGAUGUUGCUGCAGCAGCAGGGUGGAGCGAUGAAUGUGCAGCUCCCCCAGGUGGGGUCGGUCCAACAAACAGCUACUUUGACCAGUCAGGUCCAGCAGACAACAAUUAACCCUGUCCAUUCAGGAACUCAGCAACUCACCAUCCAGCAGCAGGCUCCACCCCCUCAGCAGAACCUACAGCAGCAGCAGCAGCAGCAGCAGCAGCAGACCAAUGCUCUCACACAGCCUCAGCGUCAGCCCCAGCAACCUCCCCAGGGUCAGCCCCAGACCCAGGGCUCUGUAUCUGCUCCACUAUACAACACUAUGAUGAUUUCCCAGCCAGGGCAGCCCAACGUGCUGCAGAUCAGCACCAGCCUGCCGCAGAACAACACACAGCAAGGCACCGCCGUGGCCACCUUCACACAGGACCGACAGAUCCGGUUCCCAGCAGGGCAGCAGCUGGUGACCAAGCUUGUGACAGCUCCAAUGGCAUGUGGAGCAGUCAUGGUGCCCACUUCCAUGUUCAUGGGACAGGUGGUCACUGCGUACAACCCCUUUGGUGGGCAACAGCAGGGUGGGCAAACCCAGACCCUGACUCUGCAACCAGCCCAAGCGCCCCAAGGUCAGCCCGAUGGCCAAAAUCAGACCACUGUAGUGGCUCAGAGCGGCCAGCAGGGGCAGCAGCAACAACAGCAAUUCCUACAGGGCACUCGUCUUCUCCACAGUAACCAGUCUACCCAGCUGAUUCUGCAGGCAGCUUUCCCACUCCAACAACAGGGCACCUUCACACAGGCAACGCACCAACAGCAGCAGCCGCAGCAACAACAACAACAACAACAACAACAACAACAACAACAGCGGCAGCAGCAGCAGCAGCAACAAUCUCACCAUCAGAGGCACCAGCAGCAGCUGAAACCACAGCCCCAGAAACAGCAGAAAGCCCCGUCAUCGCACAGGACUGACAGUGUCAGCAGCCAGCCACAGUAAAGCCUGCAGGGAAAUGUGUUCAGUUAGUAAAGCUGGGGAUUGCUGCAUACAUUUGUUCCGGUCGUGUGGCUGUCACAAACUUCCAUUUUUCCCAAAAUCGUUGCCCUCCCUUCCUCCAUCUGAAAGAAAUGAUCAUAGGAAAGAGGAAAGCCUGUGAGUCUGCAAAGAACUCGCUAAGGAUUGUCACCAUGACAACAGGAUGGAUUAAAACUCCCCUUUCCCUCACCGGAGGCGGCAUUGUGAGGGGGGUGCAGCAACCUGAAAAAAAUCCAGCAAACAUCUUAUCGCCACUGUAACGACUUUUAUUUUGAAGGUGUGUCAAAGUGGACUGACCUUGUACAGAUUUACUGUAUGAUAAAAAAAAAACUUGUAAAUAUCCAAUAUAGCCUAACAGGAAACAGAAAUGUAGUAUUUUAUAUGAUUGCAUGGAAAAAAUAACUGUGUAAGCUUUUAUUAGUCGCUUUUGAAAAUUUUUACUUUGUUCAAGUGUUUUCUGGUCAAAGACAGAGCAAUGACGUGCUCUCUCAGAAACCUCUCUACCACCACCCCCACCACCCCCCUUCUCUAAGAAAAAAAAAAAGAAAGUCCAGGACAAGGUUUUAAAUUUCUUUCGGUUUGUUGAAAUUGGUUGGGCUUGGGUUAUUUUUUAUUUUUAUUUUUUGUGAAAGUUGUGUUUUUAAACACUGUGUCUCUGAGACAAAAAAGGCUCCUUUUAACUUUGUAAGUACAAAUUAUGUUUGGCAAGAAACUAGAUUACAGUUUAACUGAAUUAUAACACGGGUUUAGUGAUUCCAAGUGCCAAUAAUGGUAAAUUAUGUUGCUUUUCAAGCAGACUAUUCAAAGGUGUAGAUAUAUUUUCCAACAAGAUAUUACCCUCUAAUAAAUUUAAUGCGUGUGUAUAUAGUAGGGAUUAUUUUUUAACAGUCAGAGAGCCCUAUACGUAACAAACAGUAUAUCGUCAACUUUAGCACUUGAUAUGGUUGUGUACAGUAAAUCACUGUCGAGACCUAGUUAUUUGUAACCUGUGGUGUGAUUCUGUGAGUUAGUGUGUGUUUUUUGGGGGGGGAAUACAAUCUUUUGUGUGCAUGAUUGGGCAUGAGAGUGUCUGUGUGUGGUUGGUGUGUAUGUGUGUGUAUGUGUGCUUGUCGCCCCUUGUGUCUUACAAUAAUUGACUUAGCAAGGGUUUGAAGUUGCUGGAUGGUACUUGUAUUCUCAGGAAUGUGGAAAGUUUUUUUGCUUCUGCCUCAGUCUGGAACCAGACCCGGGAGGAUUAGACAGUGGUGCUGCAAAGACCAGAGGAGGAAGUGUCCUAAAAGGACGCAGUUGCCUCAUUCAAAUUUGCCUUCCUUGUUUCCUUAUCAAAAUAAUAUAGCGGGAGAAGUCUCCAAAGAGACUAAAAUUAUGUUGUUUUUGUGCAGUGGCAGAUAUGAUGGAGUAGAAAUAUAAAGAUCCUUUAUAGCUUUUGUCCGGAUUGGAAUAGACGAAUAUUCAUUGACUUCAUUGUACCAGCGAACCUGCAUUUCUACCAACUGCCUCAUGGUCUUUUGUAUCAUCAGUGUUUUAUUCUUCUUUCUCUUGUUAGGCCUCAGAAACCCUCAUGCAGUUCAGUUCACUCUUCUCUCAGUUCUCAAACAGCAGUUAAAACUAGGGCUUUGCCCAAGUUGACUUUAAAUACAGAUGGAAAUGGGCUCAGCCCCUCUAUUACAGUUGUAAGCCAUAUCAAACAGAAAAGCCUUGGAUUGGAGGAAGCGUAAUUGUUGGCAAAGGAGCUUUUAGAAUGUGUUGUUUUGUCUCAGAGUGUAGGAAAGACUGUGUGUGGGUGGGUGUAUAUGUGUUUGUGUGAAUAUAGCGUCUCCUGUUCUUGAUCCUACUUCUCGUAUCACUCAGGGGAGUCAGUAUUGGUUUCCCCCUGGCGAUAGCCAAUCAGUUCUUGCGUUGCAGUAUAAAGAAAUAAUUGUAAUAUUCAAGAAACUUCCUCUCCGGUUGGGCUCAGUAUUCUGCAAGCCGGUGUGUGGGACAGCUCAGCUUGGAUACAUGUUUGUGUGUGAGGGUUUGUAUGCAUGUUAACUGUCGCUGUAACCCAUUAUAUUUUCAUAUGGAAACAGAUAUGUGACUGUAAAAGAAUGGGUUUUAGGCAAUGCAAAGCAUUGGUCACCUGUCAGGCUAUAAAGAAUAUGGGCGGUUUUAUUGUUUUACAAUGGCCGACUGCUCAAAAAAACACUUAUCAAAACAACUACACAUCAGACCAGCCCCAAAUGGUAAAACUCUUAGAUACGUUUUAACUUAGAUGGCAAUGUGUGCGACAAUGACAAAUCCUCUUCCUGACUUUGUCCACAUAGAAGGAAUAGAAGAGAGCAUUUACAGUGAUGGUCUUACUAUUUGAACCAGGUAUUCUACCCAUCACAUAGCAAAUAUAGAUCUCUAUAGACUAGUUUGUGUUUAAGGAUUCACUCUAAAGGGUAAUGUUGAAAUGUUUGUUGUUUGUGUCACUGAUACCCAGCCCAAAGAAUGUAAAGGUGUUAUAAAGAGACAAAUGGAUGUUUUUAACUGUUGAUUAUGGAGGACCUUUUACAGGCUUUGUGAUGAAGGAAACAAGGGGUGUUAAAGAAAAUCAUGUUUUUCACUGCAAGGAUCUACAUAUAGAAUCUGAAACACAAUCUUAUUUACAGGCUUUGUGUUGUAGAAGAACCUCAGAAUGUUACAAACUUUGUUAUUUCAAAAGUAAUUUUCUGACAUCUGGUUGGAAGAUGAGUUUGAAAGCUGUUGAAAUGUGAGGUGUAGGAUAUUUGAAAUGGGACACCAUAGACAAGACAACGAGCCCUUCCCCCGCCCUCCACAGAGAUACACAGAUCACUCUUCCACUACACUAUUUGGUUCUAAAGAGUCCUUGUUCUAGUAUAAUACUGUACACAUACACAAAGCUAAGAACACCAGUAUUCAGUGUAAAAUGGUGCUAUGCUUACCUGUACUGUAUGUAUGUAUAUCCCUUCUUCUGCUAUCGAACUGUGUUCCUUUAUCUACCCCAAAGUCAAAUGUAAUAAUCAAUAUUUUGAAGCAAAAUGUUUGCUAUUAUUAUAACCCCCCUCUCCCCUCUUGGUCAAUUUGAAAAUAAAAACAGUUGCAAAUAUUAUACGUUACUCA